UUCAAUUUGACGCCAUCAUUGCGCCUGGCGAGCUUCGCCCGUUCACCGACAGCCGGCUCCUCGGACAGCCUUCGGCAGCCGGGACAGGCUGUCACGCAUUCACGUUGCUUGUGUGGAAUAUCUAUCUUUAUCAAGAAACGAAAAGGAGGGCGAGGGAAGAGCUGGAGGAGCCCGAUGCGAGGUGCCAACGAGUCGGCGACGGGCGGUGACAGAGUCUGUACAGCGAUGAGGAAACAGCACCAAGAAAGGACUCCUUUGAAGUGACACAGGAGGAAAGAGGGAAAUGAUGUCUGAACGAGGCAGAGAGGGGACAAGGAGUAUCACAAUGAGGUCGGUGAAAAGUGAGCCCGUUUCCCUUAGGCUUCAACAGCUUGGAGUGUACGUGUUAGCCUUUCCUUCGCUGGAACACCUCUCGCUUUGGGCAGCUCGUCAUGUGGUUAACGGCCAGAGGUCCAGGUCUUUUUGUCCAAUGAGAAGGGAAGCAGAGCACAGGAAGUUGCUUCAUCGAGGUUGCGGUCGGUGUGGGAGCGUUGGCAGUUCCUGUCAGACAGCCUGCCUCUCCACCGCACACUCAACGUCUCCCAGAAGACCCACUCGGCAGACUGCGAGGACCAUGGACAGCUGGCUGGGAUGUGCCCUUCUUGCACUGGCCGUGUUGGAGAGCGCCGUCCAAACCGAACCAACGAGGGGCCCCUUUCCUCGGGUCUCGCACCUUGCCGGUGAUCCCAGCCGACACGUCGGAAUGUUUUCCAGGGCAGGCUGCUACAACUACAGCUCCCUGCUGCUCAGUGAGGACGAGGAGAAGCUGUACAUGGGUGCCCGAGACGUUCUCUUCUCCAUCGACACUGCUACCUUUGGAAGCACAGAGGCGGUAAAGGAGCUUCACUGGACGGCAACAGAAGUGAAAAUACAGGAGUGUUCGUUUAAGGGGAAGAGCAAGGAGAGGGAUUGCUUUAACUUCAUCCUUGCCGUGUUGCCUGUGAACAAGAGCUGCCUGUACACCUGUGGCACCUACGCCUUCAGUCCGACCUGCACCUACGUGGAUGUUCAGACCUUCUCGCUGGUGACAGACAGCACUGGAAACCCCCUGACCGAGGAUGGCAAAGGUCGCAUCCCAUUUGACCCCUCGCUGAGAUACACAGUGUCCAUGGUCGAGGGAGCGUUAUACACAGGCACAACCAACAACUUCCACGGGACACAGUAUCACAUCUCCCGCAGCCUCGGUCAGCAAGUUCCACUGAAGACAGAGCCUUCCUGCAACUGGCUACAAGAUCCUUCGUUUGUGGGCUCCACCUUCAUCCCAGAGCCAGACGGAGACAAAGUCUACUUCUUCUUCACGGAAACCAGGAGCAGGUCGGACCUAAUGCAGAGGAUGAGUGUGACAAUGGUAGCUCGGGUGUGCAAGAGCGAUGUUGGAGGGGAGAGGGUGUUGCAGAAACGAUGGACCACCUUCCUCAAAGCCCAGUUACUGUGUUACCUGCCCGAAGACAAGUUCCCGCUCAACGUCCUCCAGGAUGUAUUUGUGUCCAAGAAUGAGCAGGGGACGGUGAUAUAUGGCGUCUUCAGCUCACAGUGGUUCCAUGGCGGUUCCAACAGCUCUGCCGUCUGUGCCUUUGGCUUAGCAGACAUUCAAGCGGUGUUCAAUGGAAAGUACAAGAUACUGAACAGGGAGCAGCAGCUCUGGUCGACCUACACGGGCGAGGUGUUGGAGCCCAGGCCAGGCGCGUGUAACACGGAACGCUCGUCGGAUUCCACUCUCAACCUGGUGAAGGACCUCUUCCUCAUGGAUGGAGUGUUGUAUCCCCUCGGACGGCGGCCCCAGCUGACCAAUGCGCAGGAGAAGUACGUGAAGAUCGCAGUGGACAGCGUGACCUCAGUAAACGCAGUGACGCACAGAGUGUUGUUCCUCAUUACAGACCAUGGUUUCUUGCACAAGGCUCUGAGUGUGAACGACGUCUCUUACAUCAUCGAGGAGAUUCAGCUGUUUCCAACACCACAGAGAGUGCAGAGCCUCAUCUUGUCUUCUGCAAAGGGAGUUCUCUACAUUGGAUCCUCGAUAGGGGUUCUGCGGGUGCCAGUCUCUAACUGCAGUGCCUACCCCAGCUGUGGGGAGUGUGUGUUGUCCAGAGACCCCUACUGUGCCUGGGACCGGAGUGGCUUCACCUGCCGGGAGACACAGAACCAAACACACAGGCGAGACUGGCUGCAGGACAUCGAGAAAGCAGACGCAGCCACGGUCUGUUCACCCCACCCUCUGAUGCCCAGGUCGAGGAGACCGGUUCCUAAUGGAAGUCCAACAGGUCCUGCCGGCACGGUGGAGAAGGUGGUGUGCGCCCAUUCCUUCGUCCACCUCUCCUGCGAGGUGGAGUCGCGGCUGGCGCAGCUGAGCUGGACCCGCAACGGCAGGGAGGUGCCGAGCUCGGGCCUGGACCGCCAGCUGGGCGGCAUCGUCUUCCCCGCCACCAGCGGACGCCAGGGACUGUGGGAGUGCUGGGCCACCGAGAACGGCUUCCGUGCGCUGGUGGCCAGCUACUCGCUGAGGCUCGCCGACGGUCCUGCCCCCGGCCCUGGGGCCGACAUCUCGCUGACCGCCAGCGAGGGCCAGUGGUCCCACACGCCCACCUACUGGAAGGAGCUGGUGGCCGUCAGCGUGGCCCUCGCCUGCCUGGUCCUGCUGGUGGCCGGCCUGGCCCUCAGCCGUCACUGCACGCACCGGAGGGCGAAGAACAAAGUGCGGCAGGGCUCCGGGCCGCGGCUGGAAGAUCCGGGGGUCAGCGAGAGCGAGCUGGAGACGGCCCCCUUGAACAAGAUCCCCAAGGGUGCUCCCGCCUACCCGGACCCUCAGGGUGGCGAAUCGCAGGCCGGGGCGGUGGAGAAGGACACCAAGCCAGCAGCCAGCUCGGAGCCCCGGGACAGAACCGCUUCAUCCAACUCUCAGACCCAAGUGGACAUCUAGGAAAUGGGGUUCCCGCUCAGCGCACUUCAGGGCCGGGGGGUGGGAGGGAUGAGCGAGCUUUGACUAGGGUUGGUGUGAGCGCGGACCCAGGCCGUCUUCUCCCCAGCCUCAGCCGCACUCUCCGCUCUGGCCGGUUUCACCCCUUUGCCUUUGUCGAUUUCACGUUACGUGUGAGAGCGAGAGUUUGUCGGCGUGACGGUUUCCCCACCGCGGUGCCUUCGCCUUCCCGGCUGCUGCCGCCGCCCCCGGCUCUCCGGGUCAGGAGGGAGUGGGUGUGUUGGUCAUCGGUUUAUUGUUGUCACUUGUACCAAGCUACAAUGAGAACCUUUUCUCUA